GAUGCUAUCACAGAGAUGGAUGAACAGAACAGACCUAUCCACACCUUCCAGGUUUGCCAUGUAAUGGAGGCAAACCAGAACAACUGGCUGCGGUCUGGAUGGAUCCAGCGACAGGCUGCACAGCGGGUAUAUGUGGAGCUGCGCUUCACGCUGAGAGACUGCAACUCCAUUCCUUGGGUGUCCGGCACGUGUAAGGAAACCUUUAACCUCUUCUACCUGCAGACAGAUGAGCAACUCCCUGCAACCACACGCUUUCGUCCGACUGACUAUGCAAAGGUCGACACCAUAGCAGCAGAUGAGAGUUUUACACAGACAGAUUUAGGUGACCGUGUUCUUCGCCUCAAUACUGAGGUCAGGGAGGUGGGGCCAGUGACACAGAAGGGUUUCUAUUUGGCCUUCCAGGAUGUGGGAGCUUGUAUUGCUCUCGUGUCUGUCAAGGUUUUCUACAAGCGCUGCCCUUCAACUCUUCGUAACCUGGCGGCAUUUCCUGACACUGUGCCACAUAUGGAUUCCUCCUCUCUGGUGGAAGUUAGGGGUGCCUGUGUGGAGAACGCAGAAGAGAGGGACACACCCAAAUUGUACUGUGGUGCUGAUGGGGACUGGUUGGUACCACUGGGUCGCUGCGUCUGUAGUAUUGGCCACGAGGAGAUGGAUGGCUACUGCCGGGCCUGUAAGCCUGGUUACUUCAAGGCAUAUGCUGGGAACACUAAAUGCUCCAAGUGUCCUCCACACAGCUCCAGCCAUGACCAGGCAGCCACCAUCUGUCACUGUGACAAAGGCUUCUACAGGGCCAUCAAAGACCCCUCCACCAUGGCUUGCACAAGGCCUCCAUCAGCUCCGAGGAACCUGGUCUCACUGAUCAAUGACACGGCUCUCUUCUUGCAGUGGAUGCCUCCGAGCGACACAGGAGGCAGGAAGGACAUCACUUACAACAUAUUGUGCCAGCGCUGUGAUGGAAGUAACGGUGACAGUGGUGUGACACAGUGUGAGCCAUGUGAGCCAGACCUGCGAUUCAUUCCACGGCCACUUGGUCUAACUAGUACCUCCGUGGCAAUACUAGACUUUGCAAUGCAUGCCAACUACACCUUUCACGUGGAGGCUGUGAAUGGCGUCUCUGGGCUUGGCAUGGCUGCACGCUCGCUGGCCAAUGUCACCGUCAAUACGCACCAAACUGGUCCUGCUCUGGUGGGUGUAGUCAGGAAGGACUGGGCCUCUCAAAACAGCAUCGCCCUCUCCUGGGCAGAAGUGGAACAGCCGCCCUCAGACAUAGUGGACUAUGAAGUCAAAUACUAUGAGAAGGAACAAGAGCAGCUGAGCUACUCGUCAACACGGACCAAAAACCCCAGUGUGGUCGUAACGGGCCUCAGACCCUCGACUGUCUAUGUCUUCCACGUGCGCGCUCGCACUGCUGCCGGCUACACAGCGUACAGCCCCAGCUUUCAGUUUGCUACUGCAGCUGAGGAUCCUGAUAUCGCUGAUCAGGGUCAAGUUCUCGUGGUUGUCACAGCAUCAGUUGGAGGCUUUUCCCUGCUGGUCAUCCUUACCCUCUUCCUUCUUAUCACUGGACGGUGUCAGGGUUACAUCAAAGCCAGGAUGAAGUCAGAGGAGAAGAGAAGGACACGCUUCCGUAGUGGACACGUCCCAUUCUCUGGCAUCAAGACCUAUGUGGACCCAGACACAUACGAAGACCCCACUCAGGCUGUGGAGGAAUUCGCCAAGGAGAUAGACCCCUCAUACAUUUGCAUUGAAAGGGUUAUUGGUGCAGGUGAAUUUGGAGAAGUCUGUUGUGGUCGCCUGCGUAUACCUGGAAGAAUGGACAUUGCUGUGGCAAUAAAGACACUUAAAGGUGGCUACAUGGAUCAACAGAGGCGAGAGUUUUUGCGUGAGGCAUCAAUCAUGGGACAGUUUAAUAACCCUAAUAUCAUCAGACUGGAGGGAGUAGUCACAAAGAUCUCUCUUCUCAUCAUCAUGUGUUUUACCUUUAACUCAGGCAGACCAGUGAUGAUAGUGGUGGAGUACAUGGAAAAUGGAGCUCUUGAUUCUUUCCUGCGGACACGUGAUGGUCAGUUCACAGUGCUCCAGUUGGUCGGGAUGCUGCGUGGCAUCGCAGUAGGCAUGACAUACCUCUCCGAUAUGGGUUACGUUCACAGAGACCUAGCUGCUCGCAACAUCUUGGUGGAUGAAAACUUGGUCUGUAAAGUGUCUGAUUUUGGCAUGUCCAGAGUCCUUGAGGAUGACACUGAAGCAGCAUAUACUGCCACAGGAGGAAAGAUACCAAUACGUUGGACAGCACCAGAGUCUAUUGCUUAUGGAAAAUUUUCCUCAGCAAGUGACAUAUGGAGUUACGGCAUUGUCAUGUGGGAAGUGAUGUCAUAUGGCGAGAGGCCUUACUGGGAGAUGUCCAAUCAAGAUGUAAUUUUAUCAAUUGAAGAAGGCUACCGUCUACCGGCACCAAUGGGCUGCCCUGUCACACUGCACCAGCUGAUGUUGCACUGCUGGCAGAAAGAACCUGGCCAGCGCCCACGCUUCAAUGAUGUGCUGUCUUUCCUUGACAAACUCAUAAUCAAUCCGAGUAGUCUGCUCACUCUGGUGAACGAUGCACAGAGUUUCCCUGAUUCUCCAGAGGACAUGCCUGACUACCCUCUUUUCAUCUCAAUCGGCGACUGGCUGGACUCCAUCAAAAUGAGUCAAUAUAAGAACAACUUCCUCGCAGCAGGAUACACAACUCUGGAUUCCAUUUCCACCAUGAGUAUAGACGACAUCAGACGAAUUGGGGUCUGUUUGAUUGGCCACCAGAGGAGAAUCAUAAGCAGCAUACAGUCUCUCCGCCUGCAGUUUCACCAUAUCCAACAGAGUGGCUUUCAAGUGUGA